AUGGGACGAUACCUUGUGCUGAGAGAUGUUAUCCACGACAGAAACACCUCUAACUUCCACCGAAGGACUGGAUUUUCACUUCCACUCCACGUAUACCAGUUUUUGGUGCUGACGAUCGCGUUCGUGGUCGCCUUCUUCCACUACUAUGUAACACUACAGAUCUUUGUGUGCAAAAAUGCAUUUUUAUAUACAGUAUCUGGGAUCCUCCUCGGAUUGGUUGUACUUUUUUACGUAAUUGUGUCCCUGAUAGAUCCAGUGGACCCAAACGCCUCCACAGUAGUGUACAACGAAAAGGGGACUAAAAGAUGGUCGUUCAAGGUCUCAAAGCUGUUAAGCAGGCCCGAAAGCGCAAAUAUUUCCAGACCUUCGUCGAUGACGGCCGACAACCCCUCCAUGUGUGACCUGGAUGUCCGAGACCAGAGGCUGAGUUACCACGACCGGGAGCGGAACGUGCCGUUCCCGUCCCAGAUGUCGCACUGCAACGUCUGCAACUUCGUGGACCCGAGCAGUAAGCACUGCAACGUCUGCAACAAGUGCGUGAUGAAGUUCGACCACCACUGCAUCUGGGUCAACAACUGCAUCGGAGCCUCGAACUACAGACACUUCAUCCUCCUUCUGGUCUUCACACUCCUGUUCCUCGGGCUCGUCAUCGUACUCGCAGUGUACACGGCCUUCUCAUUCAAGGACGCGGAGAAGAUGCACGAGAAGUUCCGCAAAACCGUGUUCGAAAUUUCAAUCAAGCCGUUCAAGGCAAUGCUGCACUGGAUUUGGGCUUUCGACGUCUUACCCUUCUUAUCACUGCUUUACCUCUUCAUCUUCCACCUAUACCUGAUAAUAAGCAAGCAGACGACGUACCAGUACUACAUUAAGAGGCUGGAUCAGCUGGACGACGGAACUGCUAACCCUGAGCAAAAGGAAUCACUCACUGCCCGCUUUUUCGACUUUAUAAUACUAAACAAGCGCAAGAAAAAGAGGAGAACCAAGGAUGGCGACAAACAAAAUGCAGAGGGCGACGUAGCCAAGAGCGACAAUGUAGUUGAAACUAAGCCGAUGAAUGAAGUUUAA